AAGCCAUUCCAUCGAUCACUCGAGCCGCUGAGCCAGCUCUCUCCGAUAAACCCUUCCGAGUCCUAUCCCUCCGACACCUUAGGGUUUUAUCAGUGUUCCUGUCGGUCUUCCGCCACAGCUAAGAGAGAAGGGAAAGAGCUCGCGGAAUCCGAAGGAGAGGCAGCCAUGGCUUCCACCAAAGUCCAGAGGAUCAUGACCCAACCUAUCAAUCUUAUCUUCAGGUUUCUUCAGAGCAAAGCUCGCAUCCAGAUCUGGCUCUUUGAGCAGAAGGAUUUGAGGAUCGAAGGGCGGAUUAUUGGUUUUGAUGAGUACAUGAAUUUGGUGCUGGAUGAUGCUGAUGAACUUAACAUUAAGAAAAAUACCAGAAAGCCGCUGGGGAGGAUUCUCUUGAAAGGAGACAACAUAACUUUGAUGAUGAGCACGGGGAAAUGAUGACUGCUUGUGCUCCGGGAGGUUUUACUUGAGCUUGAACUAGCUUUUAUCUGGAAGGACGUGGUGGCUGACUUUUUAGCAUUUCGAAGCUUUGUUUGCGCGCCUUUUCAACUUGCUUUCAUAUAUAUGAUUUUAGAAACCUUCUGUAUGGAUAUUUGAGCUGCGUGAUAGUUUACCUACUUUGGAUUAAACUGCAGUACUUGAACAGAUACUGUACCCAAGGUAUCUUCAGGUGUGCUUAGUGCUGCAAUCAAAAGGCUUGGUUAUGAAGGCCAAGGUAGAACCUUCUUCAUAUUCUCCUGUAUUCUGAUUGCUCAUCUUAAAGUCAUUGUCUGUGAGAUCCCAUUCGUUUCGCACGAUUCAACAGACGGUGUAUUCAGAAUCGUGCACGCUCAGAUGUCUGCGAUUGGACUGGGUACCCUAUAUGUAAUCUCUUCUUUUUGGAAC